AUGUCUCAGUCUCAGUGCAUGGUCGAGCUCUGCGCUCUUCUUGUCCACGAAACAUAUGGCGAAUUGGCUUCCCGCAUCUUCACCAUCUUGCUUCGCCGAGGAAGACUACCUAUCCCUACCCUAGCGCGACACACUCGACUCACCCCCAAACAACUUCGGCAUGGUCUCGUAGUUCUUGUGCAGCAGAAUUUAAUAUAUCAUCACACCGAUUCAGUCACUGGCGUGACGCAUUAUGAAGCGAAUUAUAAUGCGGCAUACGCGCUCCUCCGGUCAGGAAAGAUCAUGAGCUUUGUUGAAACGAGGCAUGGAGUACUUGCUCGAGAAAUAGUCCAUAACCUGCUGUUGUUAGGUCACACCAAAAUCUCAGACCUUCUCGACGCUUACGAGGCGCAAAAGAAAGAGCAAUUUAGGUUGGCGCAGCUUGCGCGCGAGGAAGCACAGAGACAACAAGAAGAAGAACAAGAGGAGGCUGCGCAGUCAGACGAAAACGGCGAUCUCAAUGGAGUUACGGAAAUACGUUCUGAUACCCAGAUUCCUGACCCUAUUUCUGCCAGCUCAGGACAAAUACAUACCGCCCUAGCAAGACUGUUCAAUGCUGGGCUUAUAGAGCGUGUCGUAGAUAGCAUGUUCAGAAGCCCUGCAGACAUACAAGACGAACUUGAGAAAGAACUGGCUAGAGAAUCAUCUGGAGGCGUGAGGACGGCUAAGCAGAAAAUCGAGAUCGCAAAUAGGCUCAAACACAAAAUUCGCGAUCUCAGAAGGGAAGGAACUGAAUGGCGCCCACACCCAAGGAAGAGGCCAUUCAAUGGUGAUCACGCAAACGGAGUUAAUGGAGCGAGCAAGCGACGUCGGCUGUCCUCCGGGGCUGCCAAUGGAGAAUCGAACUACGAGGACGACGGGUCUUAUCUUGACGCCGAUCUAGUAAUUCGUGUUAAUUACGAAAAGUGCACAGUCAUACUCCGCAACGCCCAGCUUGUGGAAUUGGCAAAGCAUAAGAUAGGGAAGACUACCUCACAGAUUUAUGCUCAGUUUCUCAACCUCCUUGAACCUAGGCUCGCCCGAUGUCGGCCAGAUAUUGAUUCUGAAGAGGAUUCGGGUCCAACCGCCACUAUCGAGCAGAUUGCUGCAACUUUGGACAAGAAUGUUGAUCCUGGGUUCGGUAUUGGAAAACUUUCUUCGGCUCGAGCUGACAACGUAAAAGUUGAAAAACUCCAUCAACCUAGAAAAAAUGGUGUUUCGGCACCUGAUGUAAAGGACAGCGGAAAUAUCAAUGGAUAUUCAAAUGGCGUGAACGGGAACGGACAUGCUGUGAAUAUAGAUGACCAUUCUGAGGAGGAGAGUGAUGAUCCGAUUGGGCAUUCGCCAGUUAGAACGACGAAGCGCCAGAAAGUUACUUUUCAAGACGAACACGUAUCUCGACACGCGGGGCCAGAAGAAAAGGCCAGCCGUGUCCGCGAAGUCAGGAAUCACAUCGAGUUGUUGCAGCACAACGAUUGUCCAUUUCUCUACAAAAGUGCGUUAAAUGGAGGCGGAGGAUACAGCGUCAAUUUUGAGACAUUGAUCGAAUACAUGCGAGAGGCAGAAACUGACCAGUUGCUGCUCGACAUGUUUGGGGAUAAGGCUCUUCGUAUGGUUCGCAUAUUCAAGAAGUAUGGAAAAAUCGAUGAGAAGGCGCUAGAAAAGGCGGCUUUGAUCAAACAGAAAGAUGUUCGAACGAAGUUAGCCGAGAUGCAAAUGGCUGGUAUAGUCGAGAUUCAAGAAGUGCCAAAGGACGCGAAUCGGAAUAACGGAAACACUAGGACAAUAUUCCUAUGGUUUUAUGAUUGCGAUCGAGUCCUCCAGGUGCUCGUGGACAGGGUGCUUAAAGCCAUGUCCAGGCUGCUUCAACGACUAGCCCACGAACGGAGAGGUGCACAAACGAUCCUCGAGCUUAUUGAACGAUCUGAUUUACGGCAUGCUGAUCCGGAGGCGUAUCUCGAACCACAUCAAUAUAAAGAUCUACAAAACAUCAGGCGUAAAGAGGCGAUGUUGAUGGGUCAAGUAGGUCGGUUGGACGAACUAAUAGGCAUUUUCCGAGAUUAUUAA